GCGCCUCCCGCGAAGCCUGAGAAACCGGGGAAGGGGGAAGGGCGAAGAGGAGGAGGGAAAAGAGGAGGAGGAGGAGGAAGUCUUUUCCCGCUUGGAACGCCGGAUUAGGAGCAGAAGGCUCGGACACAGCCUCUCUGCUGGCUUGGAUCGUGCGGAAGAGGGGCGGGUGGCGGCGGGUUUGGAGACGCGCCUUUUCCAGGUAGAGGGGGCUUUACUUCGCGUCCGGGGGUCCAGCGGACAGCUGUCCCCUCCUCUUCCCCCUCCCACGGCCUUGGCUCUCUCUCUCCACCUCCACUCCCCGUUAGUCAGGGUUUCGAGCCCGCAGCUUAGCUUGGACUGAAAGAGAAGGCGACUGGGAUCGGCUCCGUUUCUUCUGCAUUCCGGCUUGCAGCGCAUUUACGCAACUCUCUGGAGGAAAAGCAAGGGCGUGGGGUGCAGGAGAGAGAAAGACCUGGGAGCGGGACGGGGGAGCUCAGACCCCCUCCCUGUUCCGCCCAGGAGCCAGUCCUUUGGGGAGGGGGCGGCGAACGGGAGCCGUCGAUGACCGCAGGACUGCUGCGCGCUCCUUCCUCUCGACCCCCUCCGCCUCCUGCCGAGGCCGAGGCUUUUCCGAUGUCGACAGCCUCCGACAAGGCGCAGCAGCAGCAGCAGCUGGGAGCAGUCAUGGAAUCGGCGUCGUCCACCACCUCCUCGACCCCCAGCAGCAGUAGCAGCAGCGGCGGCGGCGGCGGCAGCGGAGGAGGAGGCAGCGGCGGCACCAAAGCGAAGAAGUCCAACGCGGGCAUCCGACGGCCGGAGAAGCCGCCUUACUCCUACAUCGCCUUGAUUGUCAUGGCCAUCCAGAGCUCGCCGUCGAAGCGCCUGACGCUGAGCGAGAUCUACCAGUUCCUGCAGAGCCGCUUCCCGUUCUUCCGCGGCUCGUACCAGGGCUGGAAGAACUCAGUGCGUCACAACCUCUCGCUCAACGAAUGCUUCAUCAAGCUGCCCAAAGGGCUGGGCCGGCCGGGCAAGGGCCACUACUGGACCAUCGACCCGGCCAGCGAGUUCAUGUUCGAAGAAGGCUCCUUCCGACGGAGGCCUCGCGGCUUCAGGCGGAAAUGCCAGGCCCUCAAGCCCAUGUACAGCAUGAUGAACUUGAAUUUCAACCACCUCCCGGACAGCUACGGCUUCCAGGGGCCUUCUUGCCCGCCCAACAGCCUUCCCCUAGAUGGCGGCGCCCUAGGCAUGAUGAACGUCGACGGCAUGGGACUGGCCGGCCACUCCGUACCCCACUUGUCUUCCAACGGAGCGCACCAUUCCUAUAUGGGGAGCUGUGGAGGUGGAGGUGGAGGAGGCUCCGCCGGAGGGGACUACGGUCACCACGACGGUUCGGUGCCCGCCUCGCCUCUGCUCCCCGGAGGUGGCGUGAUGGAGCCCCACUCCGUCUAUUCCAGCACGGCGCCGUCCGCUUGGGCGCCCUCCGCCGCGCCGGGUUUGAACAGCGGAGCUUCCUACAUCAAACAGCAGCCUCUGUCGCCUUGCAAUCCGGCAGGGAACCCGCUCUCGUCGGGCUUGUCCACGCACACCCUGGAGCAACCUUACUUGCACCAAAACAGUCACAACACGGCAGAACUACAAGGAAUCCGGUACCAUUCUCAAUCUCCAAGCAUGUGUGACCGGAAAGAAUUUGUGUUCUCCAUCAACGCCAUGGCGUCAUCUUCCAUGCAUUCGGGAGGUAGCGGCUCUUACUACCAUCAGCAAGUUACAUACCAAGACAUCAAACCUUGCGUGAUGUGACAGUAGGGCUGGGGAGCCAAGCUUUCUUGGAGGGGCAGCCAAUCCCCAAAGAUCCAAGUGAAAACUGUAUAGAACUGUGGAACUUCCUUCUACAAGCCCCUUUAGGAGCCAAAGAACCUCCCCAGAAGCUAGACUGAUAGUUGCUCAUGAGGUAUAUGAAUAUUCGAAACAUCUACAGAGAGGAACACGCUGUUCUCAAGGAAGCCUUGAAGAGGAGCAAAGAUGCGUUGUGUGUGCUUUCUUUUCUUUUUUUUGUAGGGGAAGGUGAAGCACAAUGCCAAAACACUAAGUACUCAAUUGUCUGUUCAUCUUGGGUCUCAGUACAUUCAGAACAGUGAUCUGGUUUAAAAAAU